AUGUUUACGAUUUGUGCUAAAAUAGGUAUCACUAACUAUGAAGAGUACUCAUUAAUAAGACCAUCCGAUGAUGAUGAAAAGAUGCGCACGCUAACACUGAGGAAAGGUAGAGGCAGCAUCAGAAACUUGGAGAAAUUAGAGAAGAUGAAACAAAAAUUACAUACAGACGAUGAGUUUAAUUGGUUAGCACCUGGCAAAACGCUUCGUCAACAUGGAGUUGAUGAGUCGGAAAUUCUGCUUCUCCGAAGGAAGUAUUUCUACUCCGACCAGAAUAUAGAUACUCGGGAUCCUGUUCAACUAAACCUUCUUUAUGUUCAACUUAAGGAAGCUAUAUUGAAUGGUACACACCCAAUAUCACAAGAUCAAGCUAUCAAUUUAGCUGCUUUACAAUGUCAAGUUGAGUAUGGCCCAAUGGUACCAGAGAAAAUUAAACGAAAUCCUAUAGACCUAAAAGAUCGGCUGCCCAAAGAAUAUAUUAAAUCCAAGGGAAUCGAGAAAAGAAUAUUGGAACAAUAUCAAAAGUUGGGCAACUAUGAUGAAAAAGAAGCCAAAUUACGCUAUGUCCAAUUAUGUAGAUCUUUACCAACAUAUGGAAUAACAUUCUUUCUUAUAAAAGAAAAACUGAAAGGUCGUAAUAAACUAGUACCACGAUUGUUUGGAGUAAGCAAAGAAAGUGUCAUGCGUGUAGAUGAAAAAACCAAAGAAAUUAUAGAAACGUGGUCAUUAACACGCAUACGUCGAUGGGCUGCCACUGCAAAUCUUUUCACUCUGGAUUUCGGUCAGUAUAGUCCAGAUGGAAAUUAUAUUAUGCAAACAACUGAAGGAGAACAAAUUGCACAGCUUAUAUCUGGUUAUGUGGAUAUUAUUUUACGUAGACAACGUAGUCGUGAUAGUGGUCAAACAGAAGGCGAUGAAGAAAAUACAAUCAUUGAAGAAAAUAUUACUCCAUCAAAGGCUAAUGUAAUCGCCAAUAUGAGUGCAACACUACCUCGUGGACAUCGUGCUCAAGAGGCGAAUUUAUCUCAUAGUGGUUUAUUACGUACUGCAAGUCAAAGGGAAGACUUUAAUGAAGGUCAUUUGGCUACUGAAAGUCAUACUAUAUCACGUCACAAUUUAAGUGGUAAUAAUAAUAUUGGCUCUGGACUUAUUGUCAAUUCUAACGGAGAUGUAACACCUAGCGGAAAACGUGGAUUCCAAAUGAUUGAUCUUGGACAACCGAAACGUGCUUUACUCUCUCGUAUAGACUAUGGUGUACGUACAAUUCAAGGAGCAUGUGAAGAUAUUGAUAAACCUAUCUAUGAAGAUGAAGAAGCAUUAUACGGUGAUGAUAUAAAUACAAAACGUUGGCGUUCAGAAACAUUACAACAAGCUCGUGCUGGUGUACUCAGUCAUUUAGGUGCAAUGACAAUGGCUACGGGUCGCCUAAUCUCUGGUAUCGAAAUAUCAAACAAUCGGGGACGUAAUGGCGAUAUGAAUAAUCAUGCUGAAAUAGAUUAUGCUAGUAUGGAUGCUUCUAUGACAUCAAUUGGAAUGAAUGUAAAAGGUCUUAUGCAUUGUGUACGUUUAUAUGAUCAGCUUGAUACUGUUAAUAACAAUAAUGGAUCAGUUGUAGAUAAAACAAGUUUAAAGCAAGCUGCGCAAGCUUUAUCUGAUGCAUUUCUCGACUUAAUGCGUACUACUUUUUCAUCUGUAUCAAUGGAUAAUUCAUCAGAUAAAGCUUCUACAUUAACACGUUCAACAAGUUCAUUAUUUGAUUCGAAGAGUAGUACUGAUCGUGCAGCCCUACUAGAAGCUGCUAGUCGCGUGGGUGAUGCAAGUCGUCAAUUAUUGCAAUUAAUUUCACCGCCAACAAUACCUGAGUGUUGUGUAUCAACAAAUGAAAAUGAUACUGUAUAUAAAGAGAAUAAUCAUGUUAAUUGUGCAUCAAUAGUUGAUUGGGAAGCUAGAGAUCGUUUACUUACAUUAACUAAGAGUGUUGCUAAUGCAAUGACAGGAUUAGUGAAAAAGGCUAAAACGGGUGCAUUAGUACUUGAUGAAGAAGUAAAUCAAUACUUAGUAGAGAAUAAAUCAAAUCCAAAUGAUAUUGAAGUACAAAUAUUACGUAAUGCUCAAUCGAAUUUAGUGCAUUCAGCAACACGAGCUGGUAAAACUGCAAGCCAAUUAGUUACUUGCGCUAAAGUAGUUGCAUGUACAAUGGAACAACCGGAGUCACAACAACAAUUAAUGCAUACCAUAAAAGAGGUUGCAUUAGCUGCAGACUCUGUACCAUUACCAGCUAGAGCUUUAUUAGAUUCAUCAUCAUCUGGCGCAGCUGCCACAUUCUUAACAAAUGAUCAUGAGAUGUUUAAUGUACAUUGUAAACUAGUUAAUGAUUUAGAAGAAGGUGUUUACUCUGUACAUAAUGAAUUAGACAAUUUACUUGAUUGUCUAAUAGGAACUUCGAUACAAGCUCACCAAGAUCCUGUAAUUAUGAAUCUGCUUUCGGUUAGUCAUCAAUUACCUGGUAGUGUUGGCGAUGGUCUUCUACUUGUACGUAAAGCUAAUGCAUUAGCGUCUGCAGUAGAAUGUUUAGUGGCAGAUUUACGCUCGGAAGCAAUGAAACAGGAUUUAACAUUAGGAAUACCAUCCAACGAAAUAGCUAAACGUGCUGAUAUAUUAGAGAAAGAAAUUUAUCAUUUGUUAUCAGUUGCCCAGGAAUGUACUGAUGGUAAUGCUCAAUCAUUGGAGCACCAACAAAAUGUAAUUAUGGCAGCUGAAAAUUUAGUGAAUACAGCUCAUGCAACAGCUGCACCAAUUAUUCGAUCACGUCUUACAAAAGGAUUAGAAUUUGCUACUCGACUUACAGCAGAUAAUGUUGGUCCAUUAGCUACAGUCGGUGGAGAAGUUGUACGUAUUUGUCAAAAUGAUACAUAUCAGUUGGCUUCGGAUUUAGAACAAUUGCAAAAACGUGUAAUGCCUCAAGUGAAUUUAUCUUGUAACAUUGCUCGUGUUCAACCGUAUGAUGUAAAAAAUCAAGCUAAUUUACUUGCUGCAUCGCAAAAUUUAAUGAAGUGCUUAGAAGAUUUAUUACGAUCAGCUGAUGCAGUUGCACCAACAAUUCAAGAUUCUGGUGUCCAGUCGGCAUUAACUGAUGUGACACGAAAUACUCAAGCUUGUUUAACUGAUCUUCGUUUAUGUUUUGCUAAUUCUGAAUCUGUACUUGGCAAUGAACCUCCUGAAUUAUCAGAAAAAUUAUAUCAUUUAAUGAAUGGAAAAAAGACAUCACAGUCGAAUGGAUUAAGUGAAUCAGAUUAUCAUAUUGGUGAUGUGGAGGCGAAUGAAUUAGUUAAAAUAUCAACAGCUAUUGAACAGUUACGAACAGAGUUGUUCGAUCCAUCUUAUCAUUUGUUACCAAAUGAAACACUUGAUUCAAUCUGUGUUUCAUUAUGGUCUGCAAUAACUGAUUAUAAUCAAGUAUUCACUUUACCGGAUGAUAAUAAUUAUGUGAAUUCAAAUAAUCAAUUAGAACAAAUUUGGCAUAAAUUUCCUCCGUUAAUUGAACGUAUCAAGGAGACAUGUAAUAAUUAUGAAGGUAAUAUGAAAAAAAUGAUGCAAUCCAGAUUAAAUAUUGUUCAAGAAUUGUUGUAUCACCUUGGACCCGUACUACGCGGUAUACGUAGUUUAGCUAGAUAUUUUCAUAAUGCAGCUCAGUCAACAACAGUUGAUUCGAAUUUAGCUCGAGUCAUCAAUGUAUCACACGGUGUUGCAUCAAAACGUCAAAGCAGUAUAUCUGCUUGUUCUACCGUGAUAGAACAAAAUAAUACUAAUUCAAGUCUAACAAAUUCAGAACAGCAAACUCAAAUUACUGCAAAUGUUAUGCAUCAGAAUUUAAUGUCAAUAGCUGAAACAUGUCUUGUUGCCUGUGGUCAACUUAUUACAUGGGCACUUAGACACAAUUCACAGACGACUAUUCCCGAUGAUGAACUGCAAGAUGCUGGAGUGACUGCUGAUCAGUUAAAUACAUCAAUUAAUGCUGUAUUAGGUUAUAUUCCUGGUGAAGUGACUGUAAGACGUUUAUUUGCACUACUUCAAGAUGCUUCUAGAAUAGUGGAAAUGUCAGCAAACGAAACCUCAGAAUUAACUAAUAGCCAAAAAUCUGAUUCUAACCAAUUAUCUUCAUAUGAAUUAUCACCUCCAGCCAUACUUAUGCGUUCAUCAAAUUUACCACUUGUAGAUAUUUAUGAACAAAUGAGUGAAACAGCUAAGCAACUCGCCCGUACUUGUUUAAGUGUUAGCUAUGAAGUUUCUGGUAAAAUGAAACCAUCACAAAUUGAAUCAUCAUUUGGUUCACAGAGUAAUCUAAUUUUAUUAGCUUGUAUAGCUGAUCGAUUGACUGGUGCCGUAGCUGACGUAGUACGUGCUGCUGGUUAUCGUAGUGCACAACUACGUUCUAUUGGUCAUUUAUUAAAUAAUUUUAAUCAAGCGGCUGAACCUGUUGCUUAUGGACUGCAAUAUGCAAUGCGUACCUUAGAGUCAAGUCAAAAUGAUUCUGGUAUACCGUCAGCAAAUUUAACACUUGCCAAGUCAUUAUUAAAAUUAAGAGAUUGGGCUUUAGAAUUAGAUCAAAAGGCUGUGACAUCUAAAGAACAAACAUUUUCAUCUCGUAUGGACGAUGGUGUUCAACAAAAUGAUGGUGAUGAUGAUGAUGAUAACAGUCAACUAACUAUAAGCAAUUACAAUAAUAGUGAAAAUGAAGCCAAAUUGACUGAAACGUCUAUGCAUAUGCGUAAUCAAUGUGAUGUAUUACUCCAUCGACUAGACAGCUUGAUACAUCCAAAUGUGUACAAUGAAGAUAAAGGGAAUUCUCCUGAAACAGCAGAUAGGAAUAGCACGUUUUGUCCUAUACUCUUACCAAUCAAUGAUUUGAAUUAUCCUCAAUGUUGUGAUGCAGUAUGCGAUAUUGAUAAGGAAUUUAAUACACAUUUAAAUGAAAUACCGUCAUCUAUAACUGAUAAUAAAGCUGGAUUAUUCAUCCAAUCUGUCAAAGGUUUAGCACAAGUCACCAACCAUUUAGUACAAAUUACUUAUCAAGCUGCUUAUCUCAUUGCUGCAGCACAUCCAGCUUCACGACCAGGUCAUGUGACUCGUUUCAGGUCAUCUGACCAAUUGACUACGAUACAUGAUCAUGUAGCAGCUAUUCGUAAAAGUGUUAGCGAAAUAUGCCAAUCUCAAAAUGAAGCUUCAUCCAAAGGACUUCCGUCUUUAGAAAUUUUAGCUACUGCUAAUCAUUUAGCACAAAGAGCUACACAAUUAUGUCAAACAACACGACCUUAUUUGUCUGAAAUCAAAAAUCUAUCUGAAAAAAGACGUUUAGCUGAUUCAUUGGAACAUGUUGCACGAUCAGCUGCUUCUGUAUUUAAUAUAAUUAAAACUUCACGUAGCACAAAUCCAACAUCUGGUACGACCGAUAUAAUUCAAAAACUAUGCUCAGCAUCAUCUAUACUAGAAGUUGAUGUUGAUCAAUACAUUGAUUUAUUACUUCGUGAUGCUGCCGGUUCACCUGCUCAUUUAGCUGAAGAAACUUACGAGCUUCAAGUACCUGUAUUAAAAUGUGGACAAACUGUUGCCAAAUGUAUCGCAAAUCUAAUCGAUUCCAGUCGUCAAAUAAUUGAUAAUCAUUGUCAGAAUAUACAAACAAAAUUAAAUGAUAAUAAUAAUGCUAAUAAUGAUAGAACUGGUUUAUCUAAUUUUGAAGAUGGUCGACAUAAUUUACAUGAAUCUUGUUUAAAUCUACUUAGUACCUUACGGCAAAAUGUUCCUGGUUUAUCUACAUGUGAUCAAAUACAGAAAACUAUUAAAAAUUUACUCAAUGAUUUAAAUCAUGCUAUUGUAUCAGUUAGCAGUGUUAAUCAUUCAAAACGAACUAAUUCAUAUUCAUCAAAUGUACAAAAUUUAGAGAGUUCAUUAGCUCUUAUUCGUACCAGUAUAGAACAAAUUGAACAUUUGAGUAAAGAAACAAUUGAAAAUUGUCAACUUGGUAAUUGGGAAAUAAUGGCGCAUAACUUGUAUUCAAUUAGUACAUAUUUACCAAAUUUCGUUAAAGAGUCUAUUCGUACAUGCGCAAGUUUGAUGCGACUGUCCGACCAAACAAACUUGAAUAGUCUUACACGUACUGUUCUAGAAGCUAUGCAACAGUUAAUUGAUUGUGUAUCUAUCACUCUUAAAGGACGAUCACAAUCAUUGCCAGUAUCCAACUGUCACAAUUCACUGAUCAAUUACAAUGAUCAGUUACAACAAGCUUGUGUUGAAUUAUCUAAACAGAUCGAUACAAUUGCUAUGGAACAAGGUGGAUUGAAUUGGCACAUUGCCUCUAUCACUUCAGCUUGCUCAAAGCUUGAUGAUACAGUACCCUUAUCAAAUGGAUCACAAAAGAAUGAUUCAAAUGAAAAUGCUGUUUCAUUGCCAGCUAACUUUGUUCAACUGCAUGCGCGUCUAGGUCAUCAAUCACGUGAAUUAUCUGAUCUUAUGCAAAUGUCUUCUGUAUUGAAAAUGCAUCCACAAAUUGACACGGGGCCUACUUUAGCUCAAAAGCUUUGUCAUGCUACUCAAGCUAUUGGUGCAGCUUCUUCCGAAUUUCUCCGUGCUCCAUUACAUACAGAUAGAGUAAAUAAUCUAAAUUCUAGAUUGAAUGAUCUUAAAGCUGUACUUCAGUCAUGUACUCGUGGUGCUGAUGCUUGUACAACUGCAAUAACUAAUUUAAAUCGUUUAGUAGCUGAUUUAGAUACAGCUGCACUGUUUGCACGUGCUGGUACGUUACAAGAAUCAUUUAAGACGCCCAUUUCACCUACUGAUAAAGGUUCUGUUACAUUUAAGCAAAGAGCUUUUCAAACUGCUCAAGAAGCAGUAAUGCAAGCGGAAAAAGGCAUUGUUGAAGAUAUGCAAACUCUGAUUAAAACAACAUCAACUGAUCAAGAUGCUUUAGCAAUAUCUGCACAAAAUUGUUUUAUUCGAGCUACAGAAUUAACUGAGUCAGCUAAAAAUGCUGCUUCAUGUACAGCAUCAUUAUUAUCAUCUAAUCCAGAUUUAUCUAUUGAAGGACAAGUACAAUUGUUAACAUCUACACGUGAUGUUGUCUCAGGUUUAGUACGUUUACUUAAUCAUGGUAAAUCUAUUUCUGCAGUAUGUUAUGCUAUUGAAUUUUGGAAUGAUCAAACAGAUGAUACAUUAAAUAGUUUAAUGAAAACUAAGCAAAAAGCUUUAAAUGAUACUGCUGUUCAAGUAAUUGAAACUAUAUCUAGCUUAUCAAAUUCUCUACGUUCUAUUAGUGAUAUGUUUACUGUGGCUAAAUCACCUACUAUAAAAGAUGAAAAUCCACCAAUUUCACCUAUUCCUCCAGCAGUCCCAUUGAAAAAAGUUAGUCUGAAAGUAUCUGCCCAAAAAUUCACAAGUUUGGAUAAAAAAACUGAUCAUGCAAAAUCUAACGUUCAUACCAGUCUUGAAUCAAUUAUAACUAUAUUAAGUAAUUUAAAUGAACGAUUAAAUAAAUGGGAUGUUAAAGAUGGAUUAUUACAUACACUAGAUUUUGAUGAUGAUAUGGAAUUCGAAAGGGAAACAGCACUAGGUCAAGUGAUCAAUCCAUCUUAUUUAGUAUGUGCUGCUCGAGCUAUCACUCAAGCAGCUACUAAUGCAAAUAAUGCUACUGGAUCAGGUAAAACAUCCGAAAUUGGUUUAGCUGGUGAUAUGAUACGCCGAGCUGCGGAAGAACUAGUAAGACGUCUUCAUUCCGUCCUACAAACUUCAUUGUCAUCUGUCUCCGUAUCAAAAGAUAAUGCUUCUUGGCGCAAAUCGACCAAUCCUUCUAAUACUCAAGAGGUUUUAUCAAAUGGUGUCGUUCGUGAAUCAGGAAGUGGAAAUACAUUAGAUGAUUGUAGUGAAUCAAUAUGUUAUCCUGCUUUAGAGAAAAUAUGUCAACGAGCGAUUCAUGGAAGUGCUAGUACAAUGUCAGAGCUUAAACAAUUAGUGGAACAUAUGAAUAAAGCACUUGAUUCUGGUCCUGGAAGUCCGGAUAGUGUUCAAGUCACUCUGGCUAUGAGACGUUUACGAGAAACCGUUUUUGAAAUUGUUGACUGUUCAAUGUCCUUACCUGGUGCUAACGAAGACGAUAUUGCUGAUUUCAAACCAGCUGUUUCUACUAAACCGAUUCCAAUAUUAAUUGACAAUAAAAUUACAAGUUCUUAUGAAAAUCAUUUUGAUCGGAAAUCAAUUUAUGGCAGUUCUAUAGAUAUUGAAAAGAGUAUUGCUGAAGCAAAUGCAACAGCUGUUGAUAUUGACCAUUCCACAUUAUCAUCAUCUUCAUCAACAUCUGGUGUACAAAAUGCACUUCAAGAUUUAGCUGGAGAAAUCGAACGAAGUGUUGAACGUAUUGGUUUAUUACAUUCAAAACAUUCAUUUAAGAAUUCAUUAAAUUCACAAAAAUCAAGUCAUUCACAAUUAGAUCAGUCUAAAGAUACGAUGACUUCAACAUCAAAAUAUACAACUACCACCGUUGUUUCAACGACAAACAAUCAAAUUUCUAACAAUGAUAGUCGUACAACUAUAAAUAAUAUUAAUGAAGAUAUAGAUUUAGAAUCAUCAGACGGUAUGGAUGCACUUAUUAUAGCUUGUCGAAAUUUAGUUCAUGCUACUUUAAGUUUAAUGUAUUGGGCUGCUGCUGCUCAACGUGAACUUGUUCAACAAGGUCGAUUAAAACCAAUUGAUAUACCACAAACCCCUGAUCUAGAAUCUGAAUCACAAUGGGCACAAGGUUUAAUAUCAGCCGCAAGGUAUGUGGCUGUUGGUGCGAAUCACUUAGUUGAAUCAGCUCAAGCAUUUGUCACAAUGCACGUUAGUGGUUCUUCACAAUUAAUCGACGCAGGUGAUAUAACUUUAAAGCCAGAAAGUUUAAUAUCGGCUGCACAAACAACAGCUGGUUAUACUGCUCAAUUGGUCAUUGCUUGUAUAGCUAAAGCUGAUCCGAAUUCACAAAGUUGUUUAGGCUUACGUAAUGCUGGUGGAUCUGUCAAACAUGCAGCUGAUCGUUUGGUACGAAUUGUACAAAUGAUCGUAUCCAAAAGCAAACUAGCAAUGACUACAACAACAACACCAGUGAACGUAGACAAAGAACAAUCUGAGACAUCAUUAGACAAUUUAAAUGGUCGAGUUGUUUCAUCUAUGAGACAAGUAAUUGAAACUAAAUCCAGUAUUGCUGCUAAACAAAAGGAAUUGGAUAAAUUACACGCUCAACUGAAACACAUUCAUCAAGAUCAAUAUAGAUCACACGUACAGUAA